ACGAUAAUAAAACAUAAAACAUAAAACACAAGCUUAAUUAACGUGUUAAUCUUUUUAUCGAAUUAAUCACAUGUUAACAAUUAAACGGGCCACAGGCCCAUUUUUUGUUUUCAACUUCGGUUUGAUGAUUUAAUUGACGAGGCAAAUAAUCGAAAAAAUUUCAGGUCAACAAUUAAACAGGAUAACAUUAUAAAUUGUUUCCUCUUCAUAUUCGAUCAGUUUUCGAAUCUUCUUCUUCUCCACCACGACGAUGAUGACUUCAACCAUCCUUAGUCUCUAAUCUUUAAUUGCAUCAAUUAAAGCUAAAACCCAAUCCUUUUUCCUUCUAAACCCCCAAUUCUAGCGAAUUCAAUUUUGUUAAUUCAAAAUUUGAAACCUAAAAAUCUCAAUUCGUCUGGGAAUUCUUGAGACUGAUCUUAUUCUCUUUCCACUGUCUAAUUCUUGGAUAAGCAACUGUCAUCAAGCGUUACAACAAGUAAGAUUCUUAAAUACAUUUAUUCAUUUCUAACCUAAACUCCACUACUUGAAUUUCAUAUCGUGCUUGAGAUUUUAAAUGUCCACUAUUGAAACUGAAAUUGGAACCUGAUGUCGAUUAGCCUUUCUAUAUGACUACUAUAAAUCCUUUCACAUCACCCACAAACACGAAUCCAUCUUUGCAUCUUGAUUAAAAAAACCAAAACUUUAUUUUUGAGAAAAUGUCUAAUGUCGAUGUUGUUGCGAUUUCUGCUGAGGCUAACUAUGUGAGCUUUGAUGGCUUACGUCUUGGUCAUUCCUCCCAACAAGUUGUUGGCCGUCUACUUCGUUUUUGGGAUGCUCGCAAUAUCAAGAAGGAUAAUGAAUUUAUGGGAAUAAUCCUUCUCUUACUCGAUGAAAAGUGCUCAGUAAUCAAUGCCUUCAUCCCAUCUGCUUCUGCCAGUCAAUUCCGUCAUGUUUUACGUGAAGGUGUAAUCUUCAAUGUUGGAGGAAUUGAAGUGGGUCGGUGCCAAAAGCUCUACAAGAUCACUGAACAUCCUUACGUCAUUCGUUUCCUGCCUGCCACAUCAAUUGUUGAGGUUGCAGAUGUUGGCCCUUCAAUUGAGCGAGAAAAAUUCAUGUUACGAAACUUUGACGACUUGAAAGUUCUUGCUAACACCAACAAUGAACUCCCUGAUGUGGUUGGCCAAAUCUGCUUUGUUCAAGGAUCUAACCUCAAUGAUCCAACUUCCACUCAGCGUUUGGUAGUACGAUACCGGAUGGAUACGUCUGUUAUUGUAUACUUAUCACUAUGGGAUGAUGUUGCUGCUACCUUCCGUGCACAUCUCAGCUCUGGCAAUACCAUGAAUUCUGUCAUGCUGGUUACUACCGUGAACCCAAAGAUGUUUGGAGGUAACCUUUAUCUGAACUCCACAUCUGCAACAAGGUUCUUUUUUGAUACCGACAUUCAGCCAAUCCAGCAGUUUUCCAACAGGGUCAUGGUUGAAUCAUCCGUAAACUUGUUCUGAAAAGGAUGAUGGGUAUUCCUUUCCCUGAGUGUUGGAUUGAUGAUUUUGAAAGACCUAAUAUCAUACCAUUCACCUUCAUCAAUAUACUUCAGUAGCUUUUUAAGUGUAGUUGGCACAAAGGCUACCUCAAUUGUAUCACCCUACAAAGUUUGAUAAUCAUUGUGUAAGUAAUCUAAUAUAUAAACACUGUAAAAAAAAAUCAAAAAUAAGUAGAAUUGUCAUUCGAUUAGUUUCCCUAACCUUUUUGUCCACCAGAAGAAGAAUACGUUUUGUGACGAAUUCCCUGACAUGCCAAGAAUUUAAAACCUUGGCGUUAUGGAUACACCAGUUCGAUCUUCCCCGAUGAAGAUCAGAAAUGUAAUCAAUUCUCAUGAUUUUAUCAAAUUGAUUUUUUUUACUGUUUCUUCUCUGCUAUCAAAGAACAAAAGGGGCUUUUGGAUUUGUAAGAAUACAAACAGUCACGAUUAAACGUUGCGUCUUAAACGUUUUAGUGUUUCAUUUUUUUUUUGACUAAUUUAUCUUAUUUUAUAAGUAUAAUAACAAACAAAGACAAAUUUAUAUUUAAUAGAUAUGUUGCAAUUUCAGAAUUUAAAUGUGUUUAAGAAUAGAUAGUUAAUAUAUAGACUUUAUGAUACAGAUAACAAUUAUUUAUUUUCAUACAACAUUGUUGAUAAUAAUAACAAAAUGA